AUGGAUAUUCUACUGUUAUUAUUAAUAAAGACAACUGCUUUUGGUCAAUUAACUGGAGAUUAUGGAAGUUAUAGUCCUAGUUUUGAGAAGCAAUUGAUCGAAGCAAAUCGUGACGAUGGAUAUUGCAUUAUAGCUUUUCAAAUAGAUGAUCAAACUCCUAUCGGAUUAAUAGCCUUUGGGCUUACUGUGGGAGAAAUCAAGUUUUAUCAAAAUCCAAGCAUAACUACAGUACCAGAAAAUGGGACGCUUAUUCAAAAUCUCUCUAGUCCUUUGGCAGCCGAUACAGCUGAUAUAUCAGGUGACGGAUAUCAAGACCUUAUUAUUGCCUAUGAAUAUGGUAGGACACUGUUAGACACCGAUCCUGAUGGAGGAAAAAUUGCAUGGUUGGAAAAUCCAGGACAAAAUAACGGUACUAAACUAUGGACAAUGCAUUAUGUUGGAAAAUCGCCAGCAAUGCAUAGACUUAAAGUUGGUCAUUUUACGCAAACUGACCGUUGGGAGAUUGUAGGUUUGCCCGUUAACGCCAAGCCAUUUGAUGCAGUUACACCGAUACCCGUACUGUUAUUUCGAGAACCCGAUAAUGUUUUAAAUGCUACAGAAUGGACUCGUGAAAUAAUUAAUCAGGAUUAUUUUCAUAUAAUCCACGAGGCAACAACAUUUAAAGUUGAUCAAUUAGAUAAUCUUUUGCUUGCAUCACGCGAAGGUAUUACUUGGGUUUACUUUAAUCAAAACUCGAAAAAGUGGACGAUGGAAACUAUUGGAGAGGGUGAACUUGGACUAGAAGAACAGACAGGAAUCUAUGGUACUGGAGUCGUCUGUAUAGGGCGGACUGGAAAUGAUUCCUUGUCUUAUAUUGCUGCUGGUGAACCAUUUCAUGGAAACAUGAUUGCAGUCUAUGUCAAAAAUACAGACAAUGUUUUGAAUAACAUUCAAUGGAAAAGAUAUGUAUUAGAUGUUUAUGGAUAUCCUAACGAACAAGGUGAAGGUCCAAUUCAUCAUAUCAUUUGUGCUGACUUUGAUAAAGAUGGAGAUGAUGAAUUCUUAAUUGCACUUCGUGGACCAUCUCCCACUGAGGGUGUCUAUUUAUAUAAGCCGAUUGAUGUCUCUCGUGGUUUAUUUUUAAAAUGGAAGGUUAGUGAUAUUUCGGCUGCUAGAAUUACUGUUGCUGACUUCGAUUAUGAUGGCCUUCUUGACUUUGCAACUAUUGGCUACAAUGUUCCCCGCUAUUAUGUAGCAGAAAAUACUUCUAUCUACAUCUUUUACAAUCGAUUCAACCAGGAGAAACUGCCAACUAAUAAAGAUUUACAAGUAAUGAAGCAAAACAAUGAACUCUUAUUCAAAGUUUCAAGACCAAACAAAGCUUUACAAUAUCAAGCAGUACCCUUUCUUACAAUAGGUGGAAUAACCUUAUCAUUAGAAAUUAUACCACCUUAUAGUUCACGUCAAGUAAACAAUUAUACUUAUGUCAAAGUUCUUUGGGGAAAUGUAAUGUGGACAGAUUCUUCUACAAAUUCGAAUCAAUCUGUCGACUAUUCGCGUCAAUUUCUCUGUAAACCAAGAACUGCUUGCUCCCUUGAGAUAAACAGUGAUAAUGACAGAAUUAAAACCGGAAGUGAAGGCGCACUUUUGUUUGUACACAAACUAGCUGAUGACAUGAAUGAUAUUCCUCGAUUCAGUAAUAUUAAAAAUGUUACUCUUGAGAAUUCAUUACCAGAAUACGUUCCACAAGAUGCUCGUCAACUUGCUUUUCAGUUUAUUAAAUAUGAUCAAAUUAACUCAGCAGAUAACUUCAAAGGUCUUGAAUUUUACAAUCUGAAAGGCUUUAACAUAACAUUUGCUGACGACAACGAACACCUUUGCUACAUAGAAAUGUGGGCAGCUGGCCUAGGUGUUAAUGCUGGUGUACACAAUCAUGUGACUGAUUCAUUCUGUGAAGUUCAUGCCUGUAUCAUCAAUGGAAGUGGAAAGGGCGGUGUGUAUUAUCUCAAUAGCUCGAACGAAGAUUACAAUUCAUCUACUACACUGGAUUCAGCAUUUAUACAAUUAAUAGUACCAUCGUUUUACGAACACGGUCCUCUAUGGGAUAUUGAUGCAGAAAACAAACCAGUCUUACGAAGUAAUGGCACUGUAGUUUAUCCUUGGCAUAAAUGGCAAGCUGGCACUGAUGCAUCGGUCAAUCAAUCGUUUGAUGUUUGGUCAGUUAUUCAAUUCAAUCCAAAACUGUCAAUACUGCCAUCGUCAACGCCUUCAUCAUCAACUUCAUCAUCAACGCUGUCACCAUCAACGCUACCAUCAUCAACGCCUUCACCGUCAACGCUGCCACCAACAAUGCUACCAUCGACAACGGUGCCUUCUCGCUCAAGUUCACUAUUAAACUCAUAUGUUGUACUGCUUUGUUCAUGUUUUGCUUGCUUAUUAUUUAACAAUUAA